GGAAUAUACCUAAACUAACAAGAAUUCUACAAAAUUCAAGGGUGGUACCUAGUUACUAUAGGUUGAUAUCAAUAUGCUCUAAAUUGCCUGAAAGUUGAACAAAAUUGUAGUCGUAACGACGAGCAAUAAUCAAUACAUUUAAAGUCAAAACAGGGAAAAAUCGAAGAACGCUGAAAGCUGGCAACAUUGGUGAAUUCACAGCUGUGUUAGCUGUGGGAGAAUAGGCAAAGCAUGAGCAAAAGCAAAACGACUAAACUGAAAACGAUUAUUUCAACCAAAAAUUGUCAUGAGAACGUUCGCGUUCGUCCUUCAACCACGAUUAAAAUACAUUUCGCCAGUUAAACGUGAUUCUAUUUGAACUGGUUCGUUUGUGCCGCGAGUGAGGAAAAUUCAGUGUUUCGCGAACCACACAUUUGUCGAGAUUGUCCUUCGCCUGGAACAGGACGACAUGGCAGCUUAGUCUGUCCGGAUUCUGGAAACAGUGGACAACCAACACAACCCAUUGCCAACAAAAAAACUUUUUAAGAACUCUUCCAGUUUUUGCUGAGAAAUGGAUUAUAAAAGUGUUGUAUACAAUGCAGCAAGGGAUGGCAACCUAAACAGGCUAAAGAUAUACUUGCACUGCAACAAAGGUAAAGACGAGGUGUCCAUGCUGGUAGCGGCUAAAACUUCUGGUGCCACCCCAUUGGUCAUUGCUUGUCGGAAUGGCCACUACGACGUCGCCGAGUACCUCAUCGAAAAAUGUAAUGCUGAUAUUGAACAACCUGGAUCAGUUAUGUUCGAUGGUGAAACGAUAGAAGGAGCGCCGCCGCUUUGGUGCGCAGCGGCGGCUGGACACAUGGACAUAGUGAAAUUAUUAAUAAGUUACAAGGCAAAAGUGAACACAACAACUAGGACCAAUUCGACACCGUUGAGGGCCGCUUGCUUUGACGGACAUUUAGAAAUAGUGAAAUAUUUGGUACAACAUGGAGCGGAUAUCGAGGUAGCGAAUAAACACGGUCAUACAUGCCUGAUGAUAGCGUGUUACAAAGGCAAUAUCAAAAUAGUGAGGUAUUUGUUAAGUCUUAAGGCCAGUAUUAACAGGAAGAGCGUAAAAGGGAAUACGGCUUUGCAUGAUUGCUCGGAAAGUGGUAGCUUAGAAAUUUUAAAAUUACUUAUUGAACAUGGAGCAACGAUGGAUGUGGAUUCCUAUGGAAUGACACCAUUAUUAGCUGCAGCAGUAACCGGCCAUAAUCACAUAGUAGAAUAUUUAAUCAAACUUCCUCAUCUUGUCCCGCGAGCGGAACGAAUCGAUGCACUGGAACUUUUAGGAGCAACUUGUGUCGACAAGAAACGAGAUAUGAUUGGAGCGUUAGAUUUGUGGCGACGUGCCAUGAACGAAAGGUAUCACGGCGACGGAAUACUUAUGGCAAAACCAAAAACCCAAAAAAUAGCAGCAUACGAUUACGUAGUAGAAAUCGCAGACCCUCUAGCACUAGACGACCUUAUGGCCGAUCCGGACGAAAUGAGAAUGCAAGCUCUAGUAAUACGCGAACGUAUCUUAGGCCCAGCACAUCCUGACACCAGUUACUAUAUCAGAUAUAGGGGCGCCGUUUAUGCUGAUGCUGGCAAAUUUAAUAGAUGUAUUGAAUUAUGGAAUUACGCUCUUGAUAUGCAACAGACCAUACUUGAGUGUCUGAGUCCGAUGACUCAGAGCAGUCUUUUCAGCUUCACAGAAUUGUUCUCGUUUAUGAUGGGCGAAGAGGGAAAACAUACUAGUCGAGGUCGAUUGGUACCACCUGUUGAUGUCCACGAAAUUCUUAGAGUAUUUAAAAAGGCAAUCAAAGAAGUAGAUCUGGGUAAUCAAAUGCUUAAUAGGCUUCCUAAUCAAGAUAAAGACAUGACCUAUUUAACAAGGGUAACAAUCAUUACUCUUCAUCUUGCCUCACUUUUAACGCAAAUGUUAAGCUACAAAUCCACCACUGAAGAAGUAAAACACGAGAUACUCAAGUGUAUUUAUAAUCUUAAUAAAUUAGGAAUAAGGACUAGGCUUGGUCGGACCUUACUUCAUUUAGCAUGUUGUAGAGAUGUUGCUCUGCUUGUUAGAUAUCCGGUUUAUGGAUUUCCGUCAUGUCAUCUCAUAAAAGGACUUCUAAUGGUGGGAGCAGAUCCAACAGCGCAAGACGACGAAGGUAACACGCCACUACACUUAGCAGCUUUAGCAAAUCCUUGCCCUUAUCGAGUGGCCAGAUAUUUGCUAGAAGGAGGAGCCCAUUUCGAUCAAGUGAAUAAUAGCGGUGAAACAUUCUCCAGUCUACUAAAAUGCCAACAGGCCCAUAUGAUUGUUGACGUAAUGAAAAAUUCUAGUUUAAAAUGUGCAGCGGCUCAAGUCAUAAAACAAUUCAAAAUACCUUAUAAGAGAGUAGUGCCGCAAGCUUUAGAAUCGUUUAUCGAAAUUCACUGAAUCAGUGUAUUUAGAAAUUUAUUUAUUGUGAUGAUCCCUCCAGUUUUAAUUUACUGAUUUUGUCUGUGAGAAACAAAGCUUAUAAACACUUAUGACACGUUUGUCUGGUGUUACUUGAAGGAGAUUUUUAAUUUUAGUUAUCAAUGUAAAGAGGCUGUUUGAGCUAAUGUUAGACAAUGGUCAAUUUGAUUUAAUAUUUUUGAGUCAUCUAGGUGCAUAAAACACAAUUUUUUUACUACAAGAAAUAUGUCUAGAGAAAAUGUGUGGCUGAAAUUGGAGCGAAGGUGCCUAGGGAUUGACCUGCUUUAGUCAUAUUGUCUACGUUUAUUUCACGCUUUGUAUCUGGAUACUAACUGGAUUAAGGAUUAUUAAUCCAUAUUUGUUUAUUUCACAACUAUUAAAUGAAGUAAGAUCAGGGUUAAUCCUUUCGUAAGCCUUCCUAAAAGCGCAAGCGCAAAUUGCUUUGUGUCGUUUGUGUCUAACUUGAUUAAAGGCAACAAUGAUGAAAAAUAGUUUCAAUUAACCAUUAAAAGGUGAACAUUUUCUUAUCUCACACCGGUUUUUCAUCAGAAAAUAUUCAAAUAAAACUAAAUAACAUCAAUCCUCAAAAAAAUUACAAAUGACAAAUGUAAUUUUUUUUUUUGAAGUUAGCAACAAACUUCCUAAAUCCGAGAUUAAGGUGUUUAUUUCACAUUUCAGAUAAUCCAUUUUAAGUUCAAUCCUACAAAUUUGGAGGAUUGGAUUAAGUACUCCGAUCCGGAUAAACUCUCUAAUCCUGGGUGUUUAUUUCAGGAUUAGUAAUCCUCAUUAAUAAUCCAAUCCACUUAGUAUCCGGAUAGAACGCGUGAAAUAAACGUAGUCAUAUGUCUUACAAUUCUUACCCCAUAUACAGGAUGUCCAAAUUCGAGGGUGACCAUUGCGAUAUCGGAAACGAUACGAGGUCGGUUAAAUUAUGGCAAAGUCGCGAAAUUUUAUGACCAAUAAAAUGCCGUUUUGAAAUUUGAAAAAUUCCGAAUACAUUCGAAGAUAUUCGGAAAAAAACGAAAUUUUGCAAAAUCAUUUUUAUUUCAAUUUGAAGAGCAAUUUUAAAAUAAACGUCACUUCAUCAUUGUCACCUUUUUCCCUUUACAAGAUGGUAUUACCAAAUUUCAAAUUUGACGUUUCGUCUUUGGGCGGCCAUCAACUUUUUUUUUUUCAAAUACGGACCUGGAUUUUUUAUUACAUAUUUCAUGAGCUCUUGCUGUCCCAAAACCUAUGACAUAUCGCAUUUAUUCGAAAAAUUUAUAUUAUUGGCACUUUCCAUAAGAACUGAAUGUGUUAGAGAGAGAGACAGAGAACAGAAUUUUGGUAGGAAAUUACUGAAAAGUAAAAAAAAAAUAUUUUUUCGAAUAAAAGCGAUACGUCAUAGAUUUUUGGACAUCAGAAGCUCUUAAAAUCUGAAAUAAAAAAUUCAGGUUCGUAUUUGAAAAAAUAAAGUUGAUGAUGGCCUCCCAAAGACGAAACGUCGAAUCUGAAAUUUGGUAGCAACAUCUUGUGAAGGGGGAAAAAAACAAUGAUAAAGUGACAUUUAUUUUAAAAUUGCUCUUCAAAUAGACUUACGAAAAAAUAGAUAUGAUUUUACAAAAUUUCGGUUUUUCCCGAAUAUCCGAAUCAGAAUUUUUCAAAUUUCAAAACGGCAUUUUAUUGGUCAUAAAAUUGCGCAACUUUGCCAUAAUUUAACCGACCUCGUAUCUCUUAUAGUUUCCGAUAUCUCAAUAUGGUCACCCUCGAAUACAGGGUGUCCCACCAUGAACCACAUCGAUCUAUAUGUGAAAAACUGUAUGCAUAAAUUUUUUGAAAAUUUGACAGUAUAGUAAUGUCAAUGGGGGCAACCCGACUAAAAUAUUUCCAAGAUGAUGGCACUUCCGGUUAUACCGGCAGUAGACGUCAACUUGCUUAUUUUAAAUGAGACACCCUGUAUAUGAUUGCAUAUUUGGAUUCUACGUAAAAUUCUGAGCAGAUUUCAUGUGAUAUGUCCUAUACCUAAGUUCAACUGUUUUGGAAAUAUUGACAGUCGAAAAUUGACUUUUUGCAACUUUGACAGGCUGUGAAACCUAAACGGUUAAUUUUUGAGGUAAACCUAUUUUACAUUCCUAUCUUAGAUUUUCAUAAACUAUCAUUUGAGACCAACUUUGAAUUUAAUCCAUGAUUGAAAAUUCCAAUUAAAUUUAAUCUCCGGUUAAAUUCAAAGUUGGUGUCAAAUGAUAGUUUAUGAAAAUCUAAGAUAGGAAUGUAAAAUCGGUUUACAUCAAAAAUUAACUGUUUAGGUUAUACAGCCUGUCAAAGUUGCAAAAAGUCAAUUUUCAACUGUCAAUAUUUCCAAAACAGUUGAACUUUGGUAUAGGGUGUAUCACAUGAAAUCUGCUCAGAAUUUUACGUAGAAUCCAAAUAUGCAAUCAUAUACAGGGUGUCUCAUUUAAAAUAAGCAAGUUUACGUCUACUUCCGGUAUAACCGGUAAUGCCACCAUCUUGAAAAUAUUUUAGUGGGGUUGCUUCCAUUAACAUUAGUAUAUUGUCAAAUUUUCAAAAAUUUUCUGCAUACAGUUUUUCACAUAUAGAUCGAUGUGGUUCCCUGUAGAAGGCUUUUAAGGAAAUGAGGAUUAUUGAAGUCAUACAUAACAUGUCAAGGACUUAUUGAUGUUUUACAAAGUGAAGGUAGGAAUAACUCGUACACCAUGGAAUCCCAAGUAAAAUCAAUGUUAUACCCGUUAUUUGAGUCUUUGUGUACAUGGAGAACGAAAACCCAUAAUCCUAACAUAAACACCCAGGAUUAGAGAGUUUAUCCGGAUCGGAGUACUUAAUUCAAUCCUCCAAAUUUGUAGGAUUGAACUUAAAAUGGAUUAUCUGAAAUGUGAAAUAAACACUUUAAUCUCGGAUUUAAGAAGUUUAUGUCCGAUUGACCAAUAAAGUGCUAUUUAUAGAACAGUUUUGCGUCAAUAAAGUAGCACUUUAUUGUACUAGUAAAAUAAAGUGCUACUUUAUUUUACUAGUAAAAUAAAGUGCUACUUUAUCGCCUACCUGGACUACCUGCCAAGGUGAAACAGGUCCUGACAACCUGCCAAGGUGAAACUGGUAUACCUACGCGAAUUUUACUUUUUUCAUUAAAUUUUUUAAAUUUUUAACAAAAAUCAGUCGCAAUCGUACAUAAAAUCAUGUAUAUAACGCUUACAUAAACAGGCAUUAUUGACUCAUUAUUUAAUAGCCUCGCUCGGCCAUAAAAUUAUUCGUACAAUAAAGCCUUACUUUAUGUACUUGUUAUAUAAAUAGCUAUUGUUGCUAACUUCAACAAAAAAUUGGUAAUUUUUUUUGAGGAUUGAUGUUAUUUAGUUUUAUUUGAAUAUUUUUCGAUGAAAAACUGGUGUGAGAUAAGAAAAUGUUUACCUUUUAAUUGUUAAUUGAAACUAUUUUUCAUCAUUGUUGCCUUUAAUGAAGUUAGACACAAACGACACAAAGCAAUUUGCGCUUGGGCUUUUAAGAAGGCUUAAGAAAGGAUUAACCCUAAUCUUACUCCAUUUAAUAGUUGUGAAAUAAACAAAUAUGGCUUAAUAAUCCUUAGUCCACUUAGUAUCCGGAUACAACGUGUGAAAUAAUCGUAGUCAUUCAUAAGGGUAUUUGAUUCGAUAGAGCGCAUCGAGAAUUCGUCUAGAUCCGCUCUAUCAAUAUUCAUCAAAAUAUACAAGUCGUUCCAUCAAAAAAAAAUCCUAAAUUUUAAAUGAAAUAUAAAUGGUAUAUUUAACGACCGCCAGCCGUUAUUUUCAAACAUACCCCUAGGAGAGUUUUUUUUUUGUCAGAUUUAAAAAUAUCUGCAGUAUGAUGAAAAUUCUACAUAGAACGAAAUACGGCCGAUAACUGCAAAUAAUAGCCUUGGCUGACAAAAAGAAACUUCAGUUCGGCCGUUAUUUGCUAUAUAUUGGCCUUAUAACGUUAAUACCUAUAACCGUUAUCCGUUACUUCACGGACACACGUAUAUUGAUACUUCAAUAAUGAAUUCUUUUCAAAUGGCCUGAUUAGAAAGUAGAUUAUUUUUGAAAAAGAAAGUGACUAGAGCGGCUUUCCUAGGAACCAUCAACAAAUUUCAAUGCCCCAAUUUUCAGCCUCACCUACAUGUUUGUUUUGCAAAUAUUUGACAUUUUCCAAUAUAUAUUUCUUGUGUUUCCUAAAGCAGUAUAAAAAUGUUGAAUAUUGAAAUUUAUUCUAUUAGGCUUAUCCACUGAUUGAUUUUCGAUAUUCACAGGCAUUUAUUCGAAAUUCUCCACAAAGAGCCUCCUAUACGCUCAAAAUUUGCUGAAACAAAGCUUUUUUUUUCACUAAUCUGAUCUAUUAGUCUAAUAAAUGUCUGUGAAUUUUCCGAUUAUUGAUGGAAUUUAUAAAUUAUAAAUUUUCUCUUCAAACAUUUCAAAGCUAAUAAAUACCGAUUUUAUUUUCCUAUUAGAUUUAGAUUAUUUUGCCUGUUCGAUACACUACAUUAGUUGUAUAUUUGUGGAAAGAUUUCCCUCCUCAGUAUCACAUUCAAGGCAGGGGAAACAGAACACACAAAUCACGUUAUUAAAUAGCCCAAAAUAAGGAGCAUUUUAACGAAGAAAAAAUGUGAUAAAUUAUUUUUAAGGAAAAAUAAUAAAUAGACACAUACACAUGAGUAUUUUUUUGUCUUUUAUGAAGUUUGUCUAUAUUAUCAAUUAUAAAAAUCUAACUUUUAUCAAAAAAAAAACCUCUAAAAUAAAUAUGUACAAAAGAAAAACUUAUGUAGGUGGAAGUAUUCCACCUGCAGAUGUUAGAAGAACUCCUUCCUAUUCUAGCAUUAUUAAGUGUGGUGUCUCAUUUUAGCGAAUUACAGUUUGAAACAAUGUUAAUCCUGUUGAGACUAACCUUUGGAAUUUUUGGAUUGUGGCCUUUUCUGAUCUAGAAUUUCUUACACUAGCGCAAGUGACUAGCAUGUUCAGAGGUGUAAAGCCCAACUGCGUGGUUAGUUCUUCUAGAACCACAAUUUGAGUGCUAUCCACUCUUUCAGGAAGAAAUUCCAAAUCAGAAUGGCCCAUAAGCCAGAAAGCCUCGACAUCUCGAUUAAUGUUAAUCCUAUGUAGAAUUAAUUUUAGUAAAUUAUUAACACUGAACGUACUGAAUUUUUUGCUUAAGUUUUCUUUGGUUUUUUUUUUAAGGAACAAGCAUAGGCGUUUCUGUAUAAUUGUUUUUUUUUUUGUGUGCAAUUUUCUAAAAUAUAAAUAAUAUUAAUUGUAAUUUCAAUAAUUACAGAAAUACCUUUGCUUUAUUUUUAGAUAGUAUUUAUAUUGGAGUGUGAUUUUUUUUGAGUGUUAUCAUUAUUGUAAUAAUAGCUCUAUCCACAUUUUGUUAUAUAAUUA